GAACAAGCAGACGAAAGAUGAAGACGUCUUACGUUUUUAUUUUUCUAGUGUUAUUUCCGGUGGUGUUGAUGAAGAUGCGUCGGUCUAGGUCUAGCGGGAAUGGCUGCUCCUGGUACAUAUCCCACAAGUUCCAGGGCAGGUGUUACGCGUUUUUUCAAGGUGAACUACCAUGGCAGGAAGCUCAGAAAACUUGUCAGACUUUAACAUCGAGAGGGACAUUGCCCGUCUAUCUAAACAAUUCGACCAUUCACUGGCUUCGUGAAGAAACUUUUCGACUGUUCAAAGAUUACAGAGAAAUCUGGGUCGGGGCCAACGACCUUCAAGAGAAAGGUGUUCUCCGCUGGACUGACGGGUCACUGGCACACGUGAUGGAGUUCUUCGACGUCAAGAAUCUUCAGCCGGACAACCUGGGGGGCAACGAGCGCUGCGUCAACAUCGGCCGGCAGGACCCGUACCUCAGCGACGCGGACUGCGUCAGCAAGUUCAACUACGUCUGUCAGGAGCCCGGCUAA